AUGGAGAUCCACUGGUUCAAAGACGGUUUGAAGCUACACGAGACUCACCAGACCAUCCUGAAGUCUUUUGGCAAAACCCACAUUCUGGUGUUUGUCAACGUGGCCUAUCAAGACACAGGGGUAGUGACCUUUGUCGCAGGAACAUCCAAGACUUCAUCACGUCUCAAGGUCAAAGCCACAAGACAUUGCCCUCCUGUCUGUCCUGUGGGAGUCAAAAUGGAUGUGGAUGGACCCAAUGGCGCUCUGCUCACCUGGGUUCCUGCCCCCAACAGCCAAACCUCCACCCGAUCCAUGUUUGUUGUGGAGAGACAGGAAGUAGGCUCCCAAGAGUGGCAUAAGUGUUUCACCUCAGAGAGCACAACUUCAGCUGAGAUCACCAGCGACAGCGUGCCGUGCGAGGGCGACUUCAGGUUCCGUGUCUGUUGCAUCAACAAGUAUGGGAGAAGCGGCCAUGUGGAGUUUCCCAAAGCUGUCCAUAUAGAGGACAAAGCAGAGGUCACGUUCAUAGCCAAUGGAGUCCGGGAUUCAACCCUGCUCAAGGUUCAACCUGCUGUGAUAAAAUUCAGUCCUCUGUCAGACUUGGACAGCAAUAAGAGGGUGGACAUUAGUGACGCCAUUGUACUCUACUGUGAAGUCUCCCACCCCUACGCAAACGUAUCCUGGUUCAAAGAUGGCCAGGAGCUCCAGGUGGCCGAUGGCCUCAACAUCCAAUCAGAUGGGAACAUGAGGAGGAUUGUGAUUCAAUCAGCUGAUGCAUCUCACUCUGGCGUUUAUACAUGUGAAACUUCAGGAGAUGUCAUCAAAUUCAAUGUGGACGUUACAGGUCCUUCUGUGGAGUUCAGUCCGGUCCCCGAGGAGGAACUCCAUAAGAGCAGCAUGGAGCUGGACCCCGUGGUGCUGCUCUGCCAUGUAUCCAGAGACGAUGCCAAAGUUGUGUGGUAUAAGGAUGGCUGUGAGAUCCAGCCCACUGACAACAUCACUCUGCAGGCAGAGGGAAAGAUGAGGAGGCUGAUCAUCCGCUCGGCAGAAACUUCAGAUGCUGGCAGCUACACCUGCCAGACAGGAAACAAUAGCAUGGAGUUCACUGUCAAUGUCAGAGAGCCUCCAGUGAUGAUUGUGGAACCUAAGGAUGAUAUUGCAAUGGAGAGCUAUAUCUCAGAGGAGAUCCACCUGCAGUGCGAGUUGUCUCGUUCCAGUGGGAGGGUGCGGUGGUUCAAGGAUGGCCAGGAGGUGGAGGAAAGUGAAAAUGUCCAGCUGAUAUCUGAGGGUCCUUACAGGAGGGUGACCAUCCUCAAGGGCUCGGUGGAGGAUGGCGGAGAGUAUGUCUGCGAAACAGAUGGAGACUCUGUCUUUUUCCAGCUUAUUGUCACGGAGCCACUGGUAAGAAUCAUUUCCCCAAGUGAAUCAGAGUUGGAACUGACCCAUUUGGCCUCCGAGAGACUGGAGCUCAGCUGUGAGAUCUCCCUGGCGGAUGCCUCAGUCCGGUGGUACAGAGACAGCCUGGAGGUAGAGGAGAGUCCUAACUUGAUCCUGGAGGUGGAUGGGGCCCAACGCCGGCUGGUUAUACCCCUUCCCACUGUGGACGACACAGGGGAAUAUGUAUGUGACACUGAAGAUGACUCUGUGGUCUUCCUGGUCACUAUUGCAGAGCCCCCAGUGGCACUUACUCGUCCAAAAAACACACCUGACAAACUGGAGAGUUUUGCGGGCAAACCAAUCGUGCUGGAGAUCGAGGUGUCCCGGCCAAGUACUGAAGUCAAGUGGUGGCUAAAUGGCAGAGAAGUAGAGGAGAGCAGUAACGUCACCAUCACAGAGGAAGGGCUCAUCCAUCGUCUGACCAUCCACUCUGCCACCCCAGAGGAUUCUGGGAAAUACACUUGUGAAGCUGUUGAUGAUAAAAUUGAUUUCCAGGUCAAAGUCUCAGACACUCCAGUGAAGAUCCUAAGAAAGACAGAGAUGAAGACAAAUCUAAAAACUUUGAUUUCUGAUGACAUUGUGCUGGAGUGUGAGCUCUCCAGAGCCAAUGCUGUAGCCAAAUGGUACAAGGAUAACUGUCCUAUUGAGGACGAUGAAAGGUUUUGCGAAGAGGAAGAAGGUGCUUUCCGCUCAUUGGUUAUCCUCAACGCUGAACUUGGAGACUCAGGAAAGUACUUCCUGGAUGCCGGAGAUGACAAUAUCAGCUUUCAGGUUACAGUAGAAGAGCAUCCAGUGACCAUCGUGGGCACCUCAAAUGACCCUGACAACGGGGAGAUGGUGGCAGGGGAAGACCUCAUCCUGGCCUGUGAAGUGUCCCGUGCCAACGCCCCCGUCCAGUGGUACUGCAAUGAGAAGCUGCUUACCAGUGACUCCCGGACCUACAUUGAAAGCUGUGGCACUCUGAGGAAAAUUAUCAUCUCAAAUAUCCAACCCUCGGAUUCUGGGAAAUACGUGUGUGAUGCUGUGGACAAUAAGAUGAUCAGCAAUGUCAGGAUUCAAGAGCCUCCAGUUACGUUUGUGAACAAGGAGGAUGACAUUGUCGUGACAGGUUACGAAGCAGAGAGCGUGACUCUGACAAGCUACGUGUCCAAGGACAGCGCUCUAGUGCAUUGGCUGAAAGACUGGACGGCUGUUGAAGGUGAACGUUACCGAGCACUCACGGAGGGCCAUAAGCGCACCCUUACCAUCGAGCCUUUGAGGCGCUCUGAUGCUGGCGAGUACACAUGCGAUGUCAACACGGACCAGAUCCGCUUCAGCUUGCUGGUGAAAGAAAUGAGAAUCAAAUUUUUGCUGCCACUCCGAGACACCGUGGCCCAUGCAGACGGCAUGGUGACCCUUCGCUGUGAGGUGUGCAAGCCAAAAGCAGACGUCCAGUGGCUGAGGAAUGGCGUGGAGGUGGUUCCAAGCAGGAGGUUCACGAUUCGGGCGGAUGGAGUUGAGCGAAGCUUGACCAUCCACCGUUUAACCAGAGAGGAUACUGGAGAGUACGCCUGCGAGUCCAGAGAUGACCGGACCGUGGCAAUGCUUAGAGUAGAGAUGCCACGAGUAGUGGAGUUCCUCACAGAGCUCCACAACACCACUGUGCUUGAAGGAGAAGAUGCCACAUUUAAGUGUGUGGUUUCCCCUGAGGAUCUCCAGCUGGUCUGGCUCUUGGACAAUGAGGCCAUCACACUGGGCGAUCGUUUCCAGGCCAACCAGAACGGCCUGUGCCACACCUUGGUUAUCAAGAAGUGCCAGAUGUUGGACUGUUCGAAGAUUACAGCGGAGGCCGAGGGACAAAUAAGCAAAGCUAGCCUCAAAGUUCAGGAGGCUCAGGUCAUGUUUACUAAGAAAAUGGAUGCAGUCAUGGCGGAAGAGUUUGGCGAUGCCACCUUGGAGACAGAGAUCAGCCUUGAGAUGGGAGAGGUCCAGUGGAUGAGGCAAGGGGUGGUUAUCCAGGCCGGCCCCCGACACACGCUGACCCAGAACGGCUGUAUACGUAGUCUGAGCAUCCAAAACCUGACUCUGUCAGACCGGGGAACAUACCGCUGCGAGACUCUGCAUGACCGGACACAGGUCAAGCUCAAUGUUGAACCCCGUAAAAUCUCCAUCCGUAAAGGCCUAACUGACCAAGAAACCUUUGAACGAGAGACCGCCUCCUUUGAGGUGGAGCUCUCCCACACAGAUGUGGAGGGAAUUUGGCAAAAGGACGGCAUCCGGGUGAAACCGAACAACCAGUGGAGGGUGAGCACCAAUGGACUAGUCCAUGGCCUCACCCUGUCCAACCUUACCCUGGAGGACACGGGCACUAUCGGUUUCUCAGCAGAGGGGGCGCGCACCACUGCCAGGCUCACCAUCAAAGAGACUCCAGUGUCGAUCAUGAGAACGCUAGCUGAUGUCCGUGUGGAGGAGGAACUUCCAACCACUCUGGAGUGUGAAUUCUCCAGACAAAACAUCGACGUCAGAUGGCUUAAGAACGGGACGGAGCUGAAGUCGGGUAAAAACUGUCGGCUCUACUCCAUGGGCCGGAAGCGGUUCUGUCAGAUCACGCAGUGCUCCCGGACUGACUCUGGCACCUACACAUGUGACACAGGGGAAAUAAACACUUCCUGUUCACUGGAGGUUUAUGAGCAUAAAUUAGAGAUAGCACACAAUCUGGAGGACCUUUACAUUCAGGAGGACCAGAAUGCCGUCUUCAUGUGUGAGGUUUCACUGGAGGAUGUUACCGGGGAGUGGUCCAAAGACGGCCACAAGAUCCGGCCCACUAGCACCAUCAAGAUCCGCACUGAAGGUCAGAAAAGGAGUUGA